UGUUCGUGGGCAGUCGUCGCCGCUGUUGUUGCCGCUGAAUUGCCGUCGUUGUUCCGUCGUUGCGCUGUUGCGUUGUUGCGUCGAUUGCCGAAUGAUCCGUCGCGGCUCGAUAGUGAUUCGACUUGAUUUGAUUUGAAUUGAUUGAUCCGAAUUACGGAAUUAAGAAUCGUGUUUUACAAAAAUAUGCACAGCCAGAAAUCCAAGUGAUAAAAGAAAGCCGAGAUAGCGGGCUGCGGAGAAAGCAAUUCCGAGAGAGUGCUAACAAGUUGAGUGCCAGUGCUGAGAAAAGUGCCUCCCCGCCAGCAGAAAGGAUUUACGCGCUCGAAAGUUAAACCAAUUCACAACCGAACUGAACUGAAGUCAAGACUCUGCUACGUGCUAUCACACACAGCCCCCAAAACCAUCGAUAAACUAUAGCUGAUCAUUGCCAUCGGAUCGCUGCGAAACUUCCCUUCCGCGCGCAUCCCCAGAAAGCCGCCAACAUUCUUGAUAAAGUGGCCUCAAUAGGCGCCAACACGCUUAACUUCACGGACCUAGGGAGCCCCUACGAGGGGCCUCCCAGCACCCCCCAGUCCGGCAUGGACGCCCCCGACGCGCCCCACACGCCCAAGUACAUGGACGGCGGAAACACGGCGGCCAGUGUCACGCCCGGCAUCAACAUCCCCGGAAAGUCCGCCUUCGUGGAGCUGCAGCAGCACGCCGCCGCCGGGUACGGCGGCAUUCGGAGCACCUAUCAGCAUUUCGGACCGCAGGGCGGCCAGGACUCCGGCUUCCCGAGUCCGCGCAGUGCCCUCGGCUACCCGUUCCCGCCCAUGCACCAGAACUCCUACUCCGGCUACCACCUGGGCAGCUACGCCCCGCCCUGCGCCAGUCCACCGAAGGAUGACUUCUCAAUCUCGGACAAAUGCGAGGACUCCGGCCUCCGCGUCAACGGCAAGGGCAAGAAGAUGCGCAAGCCCCGCACCAUCUACAGCUCGCUGCAGCUGCAGCAGCUCAACCGCCGCUUCCAGCGCACCCAAUACCUGGCCCUGCCCGAGCGGGCGGAGCUGGCGGCGAGUCUGGGCCUCACGCAAACGCAGGUGAAAAUCUGGUUCCAGAACCGGCGGUCCAAGUACAAAAAGAUGAUGAAGGCGGCCCAGGGUCCAGGCACCAACAGCGGCAUGCCCCUGGGCGGCGGAGGACCCAAUCCCGGCCAGCACAGUCCCAAUCAAAUGCACAGUGGUGAGUUUGGGGACGGGAGCUACCUUAGUGGGACAUCGGGAACUGACGGAUUACUUGAUUUUGUCAACCCCACAGGCGGUAAUAACGGCGGUGGCUCGAACAGCGGCUCACCCUCACAUUAUCUACCUCCCGGACACAGUCCAACGCCAUCGAGUACACCCGUGUCCGAGCUUUCACCUGAAUUCCCACCAACGGGCCUCAGUCCGCCAACGCAAGCGCCGUGGGACCAGAAGCCGCACUGGAUCGACCACAAGCCGCCGCCCCAAAUGACGCCUCAGCCACCUCAUCCCGCGGCAGCGCUCCAUCCGCAGACGCACCACCACAACCCGCCGCCCCAGAUGGGUGGCUACGUGCCCCAGUACUGGUAUCAGCCCGAGACGAAUCCAUCACUAGUGACUGUUUGGCCGGCGGUCUAACAGCAUCCGAACCAGCUGCCCUCGGCUGCCUGGACGCAGCACCAGCAGCAGCACCAGUCCCUCUACCAGCACUCCUGCCCCGAGCUGGGGCUGCACCAGCUGCAGCUGGAGCAGCAGGCGGAGGCCCAGCAUCUCCUCCAGCGGCAGGACCUCGCCGGAGGGGCCUUCGGGGGGCGUGGGCGGGGGCGGGGCCGUGCAGCACACAAUAUCUUAGCCAAUAAACCAUGAUAGCAACCUGUAAAAUAUCCAUGACAAUGUCGAGAAAGAAGGCAAGAAAUCUGGCAAGUUAAGAGUAAAGUUUUGUACAUUUUAAACGUAAUAUAAAUAUGUUUACCAGCGUGAAUAAAGUCGUUCUAAAGUGUAGUCUAGCUAAGAACACAAACACAAAUGCAAGACAAAAAGAAAACAAAAGAAAAAACAAAAAAAUACUUAAAACAGAAAACAUUCCUCAAUCACAGAAGCAAGGAGAGAGUAUGAAACGUGUCCUUUAAUUUUGUUUAAUUUAGCGAAUUAACUAUGUAUAAAUCUAUCUAUAUGAACGUAAACUAUAUGUAGUGAGCAACAACAAAGUAUAAAAACGUAAAAAGUACAUCAUAAAUAAAUGAAAUCAAACAAAA